CUUUCAGACAUAUCACUUCCGAAUUCCUUUCUCCCUUCAACCAUUCUUCAACCAUUCAAAACUCAAGCAGAUUUAUGUUGAAAAUAAUGAAUUUUACAUAGAUACCAACAUUGAAUCUUUGGAACCAACUUUCCAACUAAAUACCUUAACUAUGUCUGGUUGUGGAGAUUGUGGAGCAAUUCCAAACUUCCUCUACUCUCAACACGACCUGGAGUAUUUAGACCUCUCGCACCUUAACCUAACUGGAGAGUUUCCCAUUUGGUUGUUGGAAAACAACACAAGGUUGAAGACACUUUCGCUGGUUAACAAUUCUCUCUCUGGACCUAUUAAGUUGCCAGCUCAUUCUCAUAUGAGUAUGAGUUUGAAAGAUCUAGAUAUCUCCAAAAAUUUCUUGGACGGCCAUAUUCCAAUGGAGAUCGGAGCAUCUUUGCCAAGUUUAGAAGGUUUAUACAUUUCAGAAAAUUCUCUUACUGGCAGCAUUCCUCCUUCAAUUGGUGAUAUGAAGUCGCUGCUAUCUUUGGACUUAUCUCACAAUAACUUAUCUGGUGAAAUACCUAAGAAGUUAACCAUGGGUUGCUCAUCAUUAAUUUCACUUAUUCUGUCAAACAACAAUCUACAAGGCCAGAUUUUCUCAGAGAAAUUUAGCUUAUUCCAGUUGGUGGUAUUACAGUUGAAUGGCAAUCACUUUUCUGGAAGUAUCCCAAAAAGCUUAUCUAAUUGCCCCCAUCUGGCUUCAAUAGAUUUCAGCAAUAACAAUCUCUCUGGUAGGAUCCCAAGCUGGAUGGGAAAUAUUUCAUACAUGCGAGAAAUUAUCAUGUCCAAUAAUGGUCUUGAAGGUCCAAUUCCUAUCGACUUUUGUCAGCUUCAAUUUCUUCUAAUUCUAGACCUUUCAAAUAACAAUAUUUCGGGGAGGCUACCAUCUUGUUUCGGCCCAGGGUAUAUAAUUCAUGUUCAUUUAUCCAAAAAUAGGCUAGAAGGAUCACUGACAACACAGUUUUGUAAGAGCUCUUCUCUAGUAACGCUAGACCUUAGUGACAACCAGCUAAGUGGUAACAUCCCAGAUUGCAUCAAUAUGCUUGGUGAGUUGAGUUAUCUUAUCUUGAAGAACAAUAAUCUUGAAGGUAAGAUCCCAUUUCAGCUAUGCACGUUGCAGAAAUUGAGCUUGAUUGAUCUAUCUCAAAACCAUCUUUCAGGCCAUAUACCCUCUUGCCUAAAUCUUACUACUAAUGAGCUAUAUAAUGAGGAUAAUCAAGUUCUUCUUAUCUAUGGUCUAUUGUUUACACUACUUUUCAAGGAUACACUUUCUGUUGGUGAACCAGUGCCUUUCACAACAAAGUAUAUGGCAUAUUCUUACAAGGGAAGACUUCUCACCUACAUGUCUGGAAUAGACCUUUCCUGCAACAAAUUGACUGGUGAAAUUCCUUAUGAAAUAGGGCACCUUAGUAAGAUUCACGUACUAAACCUGUCUCAUAAUUUCUUGGUUGGUGGAAUCCCAUCUACAUUUUCUAACCUUGAGCAAAUCGAGAGCUUGGAUCUUUCCUACAACAAUUUGAGUGGGGAAAUUCCUCCCGAGCUUGUUGACUUAUAUUUCUUAUCUACCUUUAGCGUGGCAUACAACAACUUAUCAGGUAAGACACCAGCAAGGAUCCGACAAUUUGCAACAUUUAAUGGAAGUUGUUACCAAGGUAAUCCCCUGCUUUGUGGGGAACCAUUGAAAAGUUGCUCAACAACAAGUCCACCACCAAUGAUCCAGGAAGGUCCAACCAAGGGCAGAGAAGAUGAUGGUUUCAUUGAUAUGGGUGUCUUCUAUGUGAGUUUAAUUGUGUCUUACAUAAUGGUGCUCAUGACUAUUGCUGCAGUUCUUUACAUAAAUCCUUAUUGGAGACGGGCGUGGUUUUAUUACAUUGAGAUGUGCUUCACUUCUAGCUACUAUUUUAUAGUCGAUCAUCUAUCCAAGGCAUGAAGCAAUGCAUUCAAGAAUGUAGCCAUUUUAUAGUUGUCAUUUCUAAACUGCUCUUCUUAUUGUUUCCUGUUUGGAAUUGCAAUAAAAAGUCUUACAUGUAAGCUCUUUCAAGUAAAUUAGCAAGCAGAGUUUGGAACCUAAUUUGACAAAAGUUAUGUCCUGAGGGAGUAAUGAUUAAAGUAAUAACUAUAAGUCAUUUGU